CCCUUUAUAAUUACAUAACUGCUACAUACAACCGCGGUGAGAAAUUGUGAUGUGAUCGGAUGACAUCAGAUGAUUUAAAUAAAAUAAAAAAAAUAGCAAAAGAAACAAGAAGAGAAAGUGUUCUCGAGUCUUCUAUGGCCAAACUAGCUAGUGAUUUUCUCUCCAACAAUUUAUAAAACACUUUGCAUGCAUUCUUAACCCCCAUUGCAGCUGCUCUUCUGCAUUUACAUCAUUUCUUCCUUGAUACAACCAAGCCAAUAGCAAGUUUCUAAGACUCCAAAUACAAGAAAAUGCAUCACCUCUCCUUAGCGGCCAAGUAGUGCCUCGCUGAGUAUCCUCGUGCGGCUUCCUCGCCCUUCCCGAGAACAGUAAAUUAAUCGAAUUUCUCAUGUUCAAACCAAGAUUGCAAAGAAGUCUUCACGCCAGGUGAUUGAGAGGUACUAAUCUCGAAUGACAUUGGACUUCCACACCAACAAGAAGAUCUUAGAGGAGGUUGCCAUCAUCCCCUCAAAGAGGUUCCGCAAUAAGAUUGAUGGCUUCUCUACCCACCUGAUGAAGUGGUUUCAUAAGGGUCCAGUGCGUGGCAUCUCACUGAAGCUGCAAGAAGAAGAGCGAGAGCGUCGUAUGGACUUUGUUCCAGAUGAUUCUGCUAUUAAGACUGAUGAAAUUAAGGUUGAUAAGGAGACCCUUGAUAUGCUUGCUGCUCUUGAUAUGUCUGAGAUCCAUAGGCUUGUUGAAGUCGAGCUACAACCUGUUGUUCCUGCACAAGUGUUUAGCCGUGGUGCAGGUGGUGCUCCUAGGAGGUACUGAGAUGGUUGAGUCUCUGUUCUUUUAAGAAUCAAUAUCUUAACUUUUAUUGAGGUACUGGAUUCUUUUUGGUUAGUUUUGAUGUUUUGUUAUAUUGACGAGGUAUUUGGAUUAUUAGUUUUGGUCAUAAUUGAGUGUUUAGAUGUUUUUGAAAUACAAGAAAGUGAGUGAACUGAAACUAGUUCUAGAACCCAAACUCAAAUUCUCCAGAGCCCACACUCUGAUACUUCUUUUUCUUUGUUAUGUGAAUUGUGAGUGUUUAGCACGAUGAAAAAGAAGCUUGCGAUGCAAAACAGUGAGCAUGGCGUUGUUACUGUCCAUGAGGAGUACUAAGGAGCUCCUGAUCCUC